UUCAUUCAUUAGCCGCUGGUUGUCCGCUCCGCUCGCCUUUGGGCGCCAGGAGCUGCCCGCAGGGAGCGGCUGUUCUGUUAUCGCGGGAGGCUUUGUGUAGGCAGGGUGUUUUCCGACCCUGCCAAAUGUUUGGAAGGAAAAUGAGUAGUGUGAGGGGCGAGGAGUCAGGAAGAAAAAUACCUUGUGACCCAAACCUUGAAUCCCCAGGAGAGAUAAGGAGGGUGACAAGUUCCAAAGCCUGAACCAAGAAAGGGCUGUAGCUCCGUGAGUCCCCAGUUUAGUCCUCAUCCCAGGCAGGAAAGAAAAGGGAGAGGGCGAGUACUUUGGAGUGAGGCGCUGGCCGCUGAUUGACAGUGUAGAGAGCGUCUUCCCUAAUGAGGUUAACUCCCGCUAUUUGGGCAUGUGCCGCUGUUAGUCCGUCUUCCUACUUGGCAGGACGCCAUCUCUUGCGGGAUGUUACAAAUUCUGUCUUUGGAAUGAGCUCCUGAAAAUGAAAAAGGAACCCCUAAAUGACACUGAACUUGUACUGGGAUCAUGCAUUCAGGUUCUCCAACACAACCCAUGAAAGCUUCAACUUCACUCUUCACACCACCCUGGGUGUCACCACGAAACUGGUGCUCCCGACACCUGCCAAGCCCAUCCUUCCGGUGCAGACAGGGGAGCAGGCCCAGCAGGAGGAGCAAUCGAGUGGCAUGACCAUUUUCUUCAGCCUUCUCGUCCUAGCCAUCUGCAUCAUCCUGGUGCACCUGCUGAUCCGGUACCGACUGCACUUCCUGCCUGAGAGUGUGGCUGUCGUUUCUCUAGGUAUUCUCAUGGGAGCAGUUAUAAAAAUUAUAGAGUUUAAAAAGCUGGCAAAUUGGAAGGAGGAAGAAAUGUUUCGCCCCAACAUGUUUUUUCUUCUCUUGCUCCCGCCCAUCAUCUUUGAGUCGGGAUAUUCACUGCACAAGGGGAACUUCUUUCAGAACAUCGGCUCCAUCACCCUCUUUGCUGUCUUUGGAACGGCUAUCUCUGCUUUUGUAGUAGGUGGAGGAAUUUACUUUCUGGGUCAGGCUGAUGUAAUCUUUAAACUCAACAUGACAGACAGCACGGCUGAAGGUCUAACAAGAAAACAUAUGUCGGAUGUCAGUGGGUGGCAAACGUUCUCACAGGCCCUCGGCUACUUCCUCAAAAUGUUCUUUGGCUCUGCAGCACUUGGCACUCUGACUGGCUUGAUUUCUGCAUUGGUGCUGAAGCACAUUGACCUGAGGAGAACACCUUCUCUGGAGUUUGGCAUGAUGAUCAUUUUUGCUUACCUGCCAUAUGGGCUGGCAGAGGGAAUCUCACUCUCAGGCAUCAUGGCUAUCCUGUUUUCUGGCAUCGUGAUGUCACAUUACACACACCAUAACCUCUCCCCAGUCACCCAGAUCCUCAUGCAGCAGACCCUCCGGACAGUGGCCUUCCUAUGUGAAACAUGUGUGUUUGCAUUUCUUGGCCUGUCCAUUUUUAGUUUCCCUCACAAGUUUGAAAUUUCCUUUGUCAUCUGGUGCAUAGUACUGGUACUGUUCGGCAGAGCUGUCAACAUCUUCCCUCUGUCCUACCUGCUGAACUUCUUCCGAGAUCACAAAAUUACCCCCAAGAUGAUGUUCAUCAUGUGGUUCAGUGGCCUUCGAGGGGCCAUCCCCUAUGCACUGAGCUUGCAUCUGGGCCUGGAGCCCAUGGAGAAGCGACAGCUCAUUGGCACCACCACCAUUGUCAUUGUGCUCUUCACCAUCUUGCUUCUGGGAGGCAGCACCAUGCCUCUCAUCCGCCUUGUGGAUAUUGAGGAUGCCCGGGCACGCCGCAGGAACAAGAAGGAUGUCAAUCUCAGCAAGACUGAGAAGAUGGGCAAUGCCAUUGAGUCAGAGCACCUGUCUGAGCUCACCGAGGAGGAAUAUGAAGCCCACUACAUCAGACAGCAGGACCUCAAAGGCUUCAUGUGGCUGGAUGCCAAGUACCUGAACCCCUUCUUCACACGGCGGCUGACACAGGAGGACCUCCACCAUGGGCGCAUCCAAAUGAAAAGCCUCACCAACAAGUGGUAUGAGGAGGUCCGCCAGGGCCCGUCGGGCUCUGAGGAUGAUGAGCAGGAGCUGUUCUGAGCCCACAGUGCCCUAGGCCCAGAAGAUGAUGCGUCAUGCAGCCUCCUCAGAAAUGGGAUGGUAGGUUGAGGGCUAGUCUUAGCUAGGAAUCCUCAGGCCCUUGGAGAGUGACGACUUUGGGACUGUGGCUGACCUCCAUGGCUCACGAGCCAGACCUGCCCCAGUGUUGUCUCUGGGCCUGCAGAGGAGGGCAGCAGCCAGCCUCCUUCCUGCUUCUGUGCUAGGCCCAGAGAAAACUUGGGAGGCUGGCUUGCUCAGCUCACACCAUGCCAGGGCCACACCUUCCUCACACCUCUGGAGCAGCUGUUGGCAGGCACAUCUGCUGUUUGUCUCUGCAUUGUCAAGAUGCCUUGGUGGUGACAGCGGCGGCAGCAGCAGCAGUCUCGGGCCUGGUGCCAAGGCUGAGAGACUUUAAAAGCCCCACAGUCCCUGUCCUGUGUCCCCAAAAAGAAAGGCUGAAGGACCUUUUUCUUGCCAUGGAACUGGCACCUCUCAGGCCUGCCUUUGGGCAGACAGCUGCAGCCCUCCUGUGGGCAUACUGCAAAUGUUUACACUGGUGCCUGGCAGGGAUCAGCCUGCAGGCUUCCAGGAAAGGCAUUGUUGGCCUAUCCCCUGGGUUUGGGUGGACUACUCUCCAAAGAGACAAAGUGGGUCUUUUGACCCUGGAAGCACAGAAUCCUUGGCGGCACCUUUCCCAAGUGCUGGAGCUACUUCCAUAUCCUCUCUCCUCUCCACCACUGCCUCCUCCCUCACCUUGUCCUCUGCCCAGAGCCCAGCCUCUUCUUUCACCAGUUCCUGGAGCUUGGGUCCUCUGCCCUCUGUGCCAGGACCCCAGAUCUUCAAGACACUGGGGCAGGGGCCAGAGCACAGCUGCUGAGGCCAGGGCUCCCUACUCCAGCCAAUUGCCUCUUGGGAUGCCAGUGACUUUGGGUCAGACAAACACUCUCAAUGCAUGUGUCAGUGUAAGGCGUGCUGGAUCACACCACAGGCAAUGGUUACUGCCUGAUGUCCUCACCUGCCCUUUCAUAGCUGCUGCAGUCUCCCCUUCCAUGGCCCCUCAGCAACUACUCAUGUGGCCAUAGUCCUUCCUUGCACCCCAGGUGGCUUAGUUGUUGUGUAUGGCCUUGUCCUCACAAUGGGGACACAGUGGGCCUGAGUGGGUUAGCUGCAGGUGUUUCCCACCUCAGGUGCUGUGGUUCUGCUGUUAGAAGACAGCCCUCACCUCACUUGCUGCAAAAGGUGGCAGAGUUGGAAGCAUGUAGUUUGUUUCUGUACAUAAGGUCACUUAUCCUUGGUAUAGCCAAGAUAAGGUCCUCUUCCUUGUCUCUCACCUUAACCAUGGAGCUGAAGCCACCUGUGGCCUUGUGUAAUUGGGGGUGGGGCUAAGGUCAGGCUGGAUUGUUCUCUUUCCAGAACUCAGGCUCUAAUCUCUAAGAUGGAAGUUGCUUUCCAAGCUCAGUGCUUUCUUUGAGCAGUGAGGCACCUGGAUGUCACUUACUCAGCCCUUGUCACCAGGUCUCUGACACGGCACUCUUGGCCAAGACAUGAAGUGAGCUUCUGGGAACUUGGUGGGAAAACUGUUGCACCAGCCCUGAACGCCAGUAGGCACCUCUGCCCCUUCCUGGGGAAUGUGGGCUUAGCAGCUGGGAGAGUAUCCAGCCCUUAAGGGCCCAUGGCCAGGAAGCAUAGCUCUAGAGGGGAUUUCUCAGAUGAGAAACAAGUGGUUCCACCACCUUCUCAGACCCGCCUGUCCUAUUGUGUGCAGCAGUGGAUGUCUAUGGUAGAAGACCCAGUUGUGCUGCAGAGUUCAGGUCUAAGCCAAGGGACAGAGCAGCUGAGCACACAGAAGGUAAAACUUCAGAGUGAGGGGCAUGGGUGCCCUUGGAGAUCUGGCACUUUAGCCAGUGGACAGGCCUCACCCUGAAGUUCCUGGUGGCCCAUCCCUGCAGUGUGUAUGAGCCAAUUCUUGGGAUCAGUGACCUGCUUUCUGCAGUGUUAAGGUCACAGGUUCCUCCAAACAGCCUCAUCCAGCAUUUUGGGGUGAAACCUGACAGGCUGACGGCCUGAUGUGCAGAUCCCUUUCUGUGCAACAGAAUGCCAAGACUGAGCAGAGAAGCCGUCUUAAAACCCACCCUAGGGACUACUAGGUCUACAUGUCCAUGGUAGGUUCUGAGUUGGGUGGCUGCUGCCCAGAUCCCUCCCCCUCUUAGCUGUGGAGGUCCAUAUGGUAGAAGUCAGCUGUUCCUGGCUCCCAUGUGAGGAGGAAUUCAGUACCUGUCUGCCACCCAUGAGACUUCUAAGAUGCCACAUGGAGACAGGAGCCCUUCCCAUUCUCUCAGAAAUAGCAGCUUGAUUUCUCUGCUGGCUGGUGCCCAGGAAACCAGGUCCAAGCGGUGACAGCGGCAAGUCACCGGGUUCUCUCAGGGUCCCAGAGCCAGGCUGUGUUACCUAAAACUGAAUGGUAGGAGGGAGGGAGGGCUUGUGGUGCCCCUGCUUCUCCACCUAGCCUUCCCACCUGUCCACUCAAUUUCAGACGAGGGAGGUGCUAUGGCCCCCCUCACUGAGGCACGAUCAUGUGCAGUCAUGGUGGGACAGGCCACUCUUGGUAGCUGUGGCCCUGAUCUCCAGCCAUGGUACUGGGUGGGGACUGGUGGAGUCCCCUACUUCACCAGAGAGAGGCUAAAGGCUCUCUUCACAAGCCUGGGUUCCUUUCUUCUCUGACAGUGGAAGGCUUUGGAAGAGCACCGUUUCUGCUGUGGUUUGGGGAGGCAGCUGGGAGCCAUGUGUGUAAAGUCCCUGGGACCCGAGGGCCCCUUUCUGGAAGGGGCCUGGGCCUGAGCAGUGCGGAUUGUGUCACUCUGCUGGAGUCCCCUCGCCUGCCUGCCUCUCCUCACCACCUCUCUGAAUAAGAAAUAAAAGGCUGUGGAACCAGA